GGAAGCAGUUCUCAUAUCAAAGGUUGAGCACAUUGUUUCUGCGCGGUAGUCUGUUUCAGAAAAUAAUGAAGGAAGCUUUACUCAAAUCAGAAAUUUAGCGUAAACUUUACACAGUUGUUCUCUAAGAGCGAAACGUACUGAAAGCGACUCCACGGUCUUCACAAUAUAAUAGAGGAAGUCCAUCUUAUUUGAGGUGCAUAGACUGGGACAGAGAUGGCAGGAAUUCUGUUUGAGGAUAUCUUUGAUGUAAAAGAUAUUGAUCCUGAUGGCAAGAAAUUUGACAGAGUAUCUCGCCUUCAUUGUGAAAGUGAGUCUUUCAAAAUGGACCUCAUCUUGGAUGUGAACAUUCAGAUCUAUCCUGUCGAUCUUGGUGACAAGUUCAGGCUGGUUAUUGCCAGCACGUUAUAUGAAGAUGGAACACCAGAUGAUGGAGAGUACAAUCCUCAGGAUGAUCGGCCUUCUAGAGCAGACCAGUUUGAUUAUGUGAUGUAUGGAAAAGUGUACAAGAUUGAGGGUGAUGAGACUUCAACGGAGGCUGCCACACGUCUUUCUGCCUAUGUGUCUUAUGGAGGCCUUCUUAUGAGGCUGCAGGGAGAUGCCAACAACCUUCACGGCUUUGAGGUGGACUCCAGAGUCUACCUCCUCAUGAAGAAGCUGGCCUUCUGAAACCAACUCUGCACACUCACCCAUCUGUUACUGCCACAGCCUUAAAGUCCUAUUGAACUGGGUGCUGGAAACAUUCAAAUUCCCAAGUGUGGAGCACAUAGAUAAAACACAUGGAAUCUGUAGAAUACAUAUUUUGUUUUUUAUUCUUAUUGAUUCAUAGUGAUUCCUCUGAGGAGAAGGACUGAAGACUGUGACAUGUAAGAACUGCUGCAACUUCAACUGUAAAUAAAGAUUUCUUUUAUACAAAGUGA